CCCAUACACCCCCUUCCACCCCCUCCUCUUGUUUCCUCGUCACACCAGUCAAUAUGGCCACUCUGCAACAUCACCGGCAGCUUCUCAUGCAUGGCACGGAAGUGAGCUGCGACUCCAGCGGGGAUGGCGCCGUGACCGUGCGGAUUACCAACAGCGCGCCACACGUGCAUCAACAUGAGCCACUGAGGGCUGCCAACAGUGGAGGAGCAGGAGGAGCUGGAGGCUAUGGGGCUGUGAGUAAAACGAACCCUAACCUCCACAAAUACAGUAUCUCCUCCAGCUGCAGCUCAGGAGACUCCAGACCUGCUGCAACCUCCACCCCAAGGGUGCAAAGGAAGGCGCCGCCACUGUUUGAACGCUCUGCAGCUCAGUGCUGGGACCCUAAGUUUGACUCUCCCAUCCUGGAAGAGGCAUGCCAAGAGAGGUGCUUUCCUCAGACACAGCGUCGCUUCCGCUAUGUCCUCUUCUACCUGGCAGUGGCAGCUGUACUCUGGGGGGUGUAUUUUGGGGUCAACAGUGAACGCUGCAACCCUGUGACCUUCCUAGCCCCCACAGCCUCCUUUUUAGUCCUCUUAGUGCUCCUCUUUUUGUUCACCUUAACUCAGCCUUACACAAGGCUAUACAACCAAACCUCCUUGCUCCUGAUUGCAGUCACCUUCGCCAUUACCUUAGCUCCACAGAUACAGACUGCUGGCUACACUGAGCUGGAGUGGGCUGGUGGUGGGAAUGCCUCGUAUUUCUCACUAAACAAACCCCAAACACCAACUCCUUGCAUCUCCCCUGUGGGCACCUUUUCCCUGUGCAUGGAGGUUCUGCUGUUGUUAUACAGUGUCCUCCACGUCCGUCUCUAUGCCUCCGUGAUGUUGGGGCUCCUCUAUUCUAUAUUAUUUGAAGCAUUAGAAUGGCUACCAUUGCUUCAAAGGAGUUAUGACACUACUGGAUGGAGGACUGGGUUAGUUGGUUCUAGUCCCCAUUGGGAAGGAGAAAUCCUCCAUUGGCUUGGCCCAGCCAAAGCUCUGCUCCACUUGUGUGCCCAUGUCAUUGGCAUCCACCUGUUCAUCAUGUCAGAGGUGCGUUCCCGCAGCACCUUCCUCAAGGUGGGCCAGGCUAUCAUGCAUGGCAAAGACUUAGAGGUGGAGAAGGCCUUGAAGGAGCGCAUGAUACACUCGGUCAUGCCGCGAAGAGUUGCAGACGAGCUGAUGAAGCAAGGUGAUGAUGAGGGCGGUGGUGAGAACUCUGGCAAGCGUUAUUCCUCCGGUGCCUGCUCUGCCUCGGCCGUGUCAGUGGGUGGUGGUGGCGGUGGAGGUUCACAAGCACAAAGUGCAACAAACUCCAAGAAUCACCCUCAUAACAAUCACAAACGCAAGAAGACCUCCAUCCCCCGUGGACAGAUAAUCUUCCGGCCCUUCAAUAUGAAACGCAUGGACCCUGUCAGUAUCCUCUUUGCAGACAUUGUGGGUUUCACCAAAAUGUCUGCCAAUAAAUCAGCACCAGCCUUAGUGGGCCUUCUCAAUGACCUGUUUGGACGUUUCGACCGGCUCUGUGAACUAACCUGUUGCGAGAAGAUCAGCACUCUGGGAGAUUGCUACUACUGUGUAGCUGGCUGCCCGGAACCUAGGCCGGACCACGCCUACUGCUGUGUAGAGAUGGGCCUCGGCAUGAUCCAGGCCAUUGAGCAGUUCUGCCAGGAGACAUGUGAGACCGUCAGCAUGCGUGUUGGCGUCCAUACGGGCACCGUCCUGUGUGGGAUCCUGGGAAUUAAGCGCUUCAAGUUUGAUGUAUGGUCAAAUGAUGUCAACCUGGCUAACUUGAUGGAGCAGCUGGGCGUGGCGGGCAAGGUUCACCUGUCUGAAGCUACGGCUCGAUUCCUGGAUGAACAUUACCAGAAAGAGGAUGGGCGAGUGGUGGAGAGAGCCGGGCAGAGUGUAGUGGAGAAACUGAAGGGGCUGAAAACCUACCUGAUCUCAGGAAGGAAGGUGGAGCAUGAUGUACAGUGUGGCUGUUCUCAGGUGGGACUGUCAGGUGGAGAUUUUGUCGGGGUCAGCCUGUCCUCCUGUCCUCAGUCCCACACACCAGACCUCAUCCCUGGGGGAGCUCAAGCUGCUGAGCCCCUGCUGGCCCACCAACCACUAGACAGGAUUGGGCCUCCUUGUGUGUCCCGCAGUGUGCUCUUGUCUUCAGGGGCAGAGCAGGGUGACGAUGUGGCUGUGCUGAACGGCUGCCAGGAGGAGCACAAGACCAGCAGUGCCAAGUUUAUUCCAGGUCACAGCCCCAGGGCAGCCAACGGUCUCCUGAGUCCCCCACUGGAGGACCCAGUGCGAGCGAGCCAGAGCUCCUUGUGCGACAUGCUCCAGGAGAAAGAAAAGAAGACUAGCACUAGCACUGGGACUGGCACAAGUCUAGGCAUGGCUGGUGGCACAGGGGCGACGGGCACGGGAAUGGACCACUCCGCCUUGAUCCAACUGCGUGCCAAGAACUUCAGAGAAAAGAGCGAUGCCCACUUUGUGGAUGUUAUCAGGGAGGACAGUCUGAUGAAGGACUACUUUUUCAAGCCACCCAUCGACAAGAUCAGCCUCAAUUUUCUAGAGAGACCUCUGGAAAAGGCCUAUCGCAGCAGCUACAAGGAAGAGGUGAAGAACCAGGUUCAGGUGCAGACAUUCGCGAGCUCCACCUUCAGCUCCUUCUUAGAUGUUCUCCUCAGCUGUUUUGUCUUCCUGGCGCUGACACUGGCCUGCUUCCUUCCACCUCUGGUGAGCCCGACCACUGUGGGCACUCCAGCCCCCGCUGCCCUGGCCCUGGCUCCCCUGGCUGGUCUGUUGGAGUUGGCCUCCCUGGUGCUGUCCAUACGAGUGGCCUUUUAUCUGGAGAAUGUGAUGAACUGUACCCACUCCCUGCUCCUGGCGGUCUCUGGAUGGGUCCCCCGUCAUGUGAUUGGAGCUGUGUUAGUCUCCCUCCCUGCCAUCUCUGUCUUGUCCCAUCUCACCCGCAGCGACCACUUACCCCUCCAGGUGACCAUGUUCUUGUGCUGUGCCACAAUCCUGGCCAUCAUCCAGUAUUGUAACUUCUGUCAGCUAAGUUUUUGGAUGCGCUCAGUCCUGGCCACUGCUACAGGGGUCGCCCUGCUGCUGUUGCUGUACCCCUUGCACAGGUACAGCUCCGGUAAUAACGGCUUGCCAGUUCAUGGACUGAACAUCUCCACAUCGAGUGACAGUGGUUCAGCAUUAGUCACUCCUGGCCCUGACCCUCUUCCACCCCGUCUUGACCAUUUGGUCCCAGAGGCUGUCCUGGCAUUCUUCCUGCUUCUUGUCCUGGUCUGGUUCCUCAACCGUGAGGUUGAGGUCAGCUACCGUCUCCAUUACCAUGGCAACGUAGAAGCUGACAAACACCGCUCCAACAUCCAGAAUAUGCGAGACCAGGCUGAAUGGUUACUGGGUAAUAUCAUCCCCAUCCAUGUGGCUGACCAGCUCAAGGUGACCCAGAGCUACUCCAAGAACCACGACAGUGUGGGCGUGAUCUUUGCCAGUAUCGUAAACUUCAGUGAGUUCUACGAAGAGAGCUACGAGGGUGGAAAAGAAUGCUACCGCGUCCUCAACGAGUUAAUCGGAGACUUUGAUGAGCUCCUUCGCAAAAACGAAUUCAAAAGUGUGGAAAAAAUCAAGACAAUCGGUGCCACCUACAUGGCGGCAUCCGGACUGAAUGUGCGGCAUGUGGCCAAGAACGAUGAGGACUCUCCACACAAUCACCUGAGGGCUCUUUUCAACUUUGCCUUAGAGAUGAUGGGUGUCCUGGAUGAUUUCAACAAGAACAUGCUGGGUUUUGGUUUUAAGCUCCGUAUUGGAUUUAACCACGGCCCGCUGACAGCAGGGGUGAUUGGCACCACUAAGCUGCUCUAUGACAUAUGGGGAGACACGGUCAACAUUGCCAGCCGCAUGGACUCCACUGGUGUGGAGUGUCGGGUGCAGGUGAGCGAGGAGAGCCACGCUGUGCUCAGUGCCAUGGGCUUAGAGUUUGACUAUAGAGGUACAGUGAAUGUUAAGGGCAAAGGUCAAAUGAGGACCUUUCUGUACCCCAAAAGUGGGGAAAAUAUAUAUCAAGAUCGAACAGAGCUGGGCGCCAGCGUCGGACCCUCAUCCGUGGCACCAACAGCCAAUGAGACUUCAGGAUCUGUUGCCCAGGCAGCAGCUCUUCCUCCUUCUUCUUCCUAUUCUCCCACUCCUCCUCCUUCCUCCUCCUCGUCCUCUCUUUCCACGCUCCCUCCUCAACCACAGAGCGCUGUAAGGCCUUCAGGAGCAGGGACCGGGCCUGUCCAAGAGGCGAGGGAGGAAGGAUAUAGGGACGCUCCACACCUCCCUGGGCAGCCCCCUGCCACAGACCUUCACCUCCCUCCAUAUUCUAAACUAGGCCCAGAGCCUAGCGCUGCUGCACAAGUGCCCUCCCAGGUGCAGCCUGCUCCUCUCGCACUUCAAGAAGAGGAGAACGAAGAGGAGGAGGCCAAUGAGCUAACACAACUCAACGAGGAGUUUUAUGCUCGUCUCUGAUCUCUCCUCUCCUCUUCCCCUGUCUUCUCUGUCCCCCUGCUGCCCCCAGCAUCUGCCUCUCCAGGACUGAUUGCAGGUGUGGGCAGGAUGUCGCUUCCUUUAAAAGCAUAGGCGAAGUGUCUUUGGCAUGGAUGAAGAAGAAGGAAGAUGAAGGGAGUUUGUCACUCCAACACAAACAGUGGCGAUAUAUAAAAGUGGCAUCUUUUGUGGGAAUGUUGCCUGAGUGUCAGGGGUGGGUUAGACCUGUGUUGAGCACAGCAGUGUACAGGGAAGAAAGCUGAAAGGGGUUCAGAGGGAAGGACGCGUUGUUGGUGUUGUUCUUGAUGUUUUGUUUUUUUUCUUAUUCGUUUUUUGUUAUUAAGUGCCUUCAGGACUAGAACAGUGAACGAACAAAUAUGAAUACUGAACAAAGUUUUAUCAACGUUAGACUACGGAACAUGCUGUGGUUUCUUACUCCAUGCUUUUAUUUUUCAAUGCAAGUAUUUCUUUUAGAAAAAUCAUUAUUGUUGUGCCAUAUCAUUUGUUUUAACUUGAUCAAAGUCUUGACCUUACGUAAGGGAAAAUAAUUUUAGAUAUAUAAGUGCCAGUGCAGCAUGACGGGCUGAGCAGGGAACUAUGGGAAGAAUGAGGGAAUCACAUGAAGCAGUGUUAAUUUAUGUAUUCUGCUUUGACAUGAGGGCUUAAUACAGUAUUCAUUUGUGCUAGAGUCUUGGUAAAAGAGGACAUGCUACGAAGCAGGCUGCAUAGAUUUUAGUUUGUGUAAAUGCACAUUUUAAGCACAGGUCUUGCACAGUAUUUUCUCGACCACUUGUAUUUGGUAGUUAUUACCAUGAAAUAGCUUUUUAAGAAAGUUUUAAACAGAGCUCUUGUCAACAAGUACAAUCAAAAGCACAAAAUCAAAUCACAUAAGGGAAUAUAACUUUGGAAGAAACGUUGGUUUUUAUAGGUGAGAUCAUAACAAAAGCAGGAAGGCACUUUAAAUAUACUAAAAGUGACACUCCACCCAAAAUGUGUCUUCUGAGUAUGAAACACCUCCUGUAGACCUGGAAAUGGGUGUGGAAAAAGUUGUAGUUUGAUCUUAAAUGGAGCAUGUUAAACGGGAAUCAGAUUGAACACGUCUCAAACAAAUCCUGCAUCAUCAUAUACUUCUCUUCUUCCAUCUUUAUGCCCCCUGGGCUCCGGUCUUAUUUCCGCCAAAGUAUGGCUGAUUACUCUUUUGCUAGUCUCAGUCUUCUCACGUGACGUGGUCUGCUUUUCGAUCGGUCACACCACUCCAUUGGAGCUCACUUGUAGACUAGACUGAAAUCUGCUGCGCUGCAUUAAAGAGCAAACUACAAACUUGUUACACCUGUUUUUUUUAUUUUUUAUAGUUCUGUUGUUUUGUUAAAUCCCAUGAAAAGACCAAAACCAACAGUGUUGAUCUUUUAUAGCAGGCAGGAGAGUAAUGAUAAGAAACAAGCGAGGGGAAGAGAUGGUGAAUGACAUGCAACAAAGGUCCAAGGCCAAAGAUGAAACAGGACAUUGCAGUUCAUGGUCACACCUUUAACCCCCCCCACCUUGUACUGUAUGUGUGAGUGACUCAAAAUAAAACGACACAGCCCAUGUUUAGCCAGUGUAACAAUGUGGCUCACUGAUAUGAUGAAGGCGCAGAGGAAUACACAUCUAGAGAUUGUGGAAACCGAAAAUACUUAAUAGGAUGAUUUCAUCGUCGCUUUUGGUCUUUUUUUAAUCGGAUACUUAUCCUUUAAAGGCUACGGUGGGGUGAGACUUUGAGACUAAAGAUUUUGAGUGGAGUGUGACUUGAAGUGGGACUGUGAGGGACAAUCACUGUGUAGUUCUUGAUAGAUGAAAGGGUGGUCCACAAUGCUGUUAGGGAAAGUGUCGAGUACAGUUUCUAUAGUACUGUGUGUAAAAACCUCAGAUUCAAAUUUUGUGACGUUCCAUCCGUUGCCUUCAUCUGUUGCCAGAAGAAAACAAAACAAAACAAACAUUGGUCAGUCCAUCAAUAUAGAUUUAUCCAGUCGUUAAGUAUCGUCUGCCUUUAGGUGUGAUUUGCUGUUGAAGAGGUGGGACUUGUCACAGCCCUUAAUAUGGAGGGGGCCCUCUACUGUAUCAAUAUACUUAAAUUGUGCCACUUUAAUUGAGUGAUCUAUAGGUGCAGUGCAACCUAAACUAGCUGAUUGUUUUGUGGUGCCUAAAAAGUAUGACUGUAUUUUGGUUUUCAGAAAGUUUUUUUUUUUUUUUAUCAUGCUGUUUUCAUAAUGAGGAUAGAUUAUGAUUGUAUGUUUGAGGAAAUUAUGCUUGUUGUGCAGAUUUUGCUGCAGUUGUUUUUGAGAAAUUCCAUCUAUUUUUUCUUCUUUUCUUUGUUGCUCUUUUUCCAGUCCUUUUCAUUCUGUCAUUAACCGGUCUCCUGGGAUAAGUGUGGUGGUGCUCCCAUUGAAUUACCGGCACCUCUGUAGUGCUUUUUGCUCUUUACUCACUUCAUGCUUUGUCUUUUACUCCUAAAAGCACUUGUUUCCUCUUGUUACUUUGCGUGUGAGUGUGUGUACGUGUGUGUGUGUGAGAAAGAUAUUUAGUUUUUACUCCAAGUCAAUAAUACAGAAAUGAUCACUGUAAUGUGAUGCAAGAGGAAAUCAAUCAACUACAUGGCCGCUGUGUAACUGUUAUUUUGCUGUCGCUGCCCUGUCUGUAGAGGAGUUUCAGGCCACAUUCUUUAACGUGGAAAUAAAAGUUUGAAAUAUGUAUAACGAUCUUGCAAACACAUAUCACCACCACAUCUUUUGGAGAAACACAUUUCAACACAACAUUUCUAUUAACGUAGCCGUCAAAAAGCAUCUUUGUUUACCUCUGCCUUCGUGCACUCCGAACAUACACAACCAGUGCCUUUUUGGAUUUUUGAGUAAUAUGUUUAAUCAUUUUGUGUGAGCCCUGAUUAUUUGUAUCAAAUAAUCAUGCUAACUCUAGUAGCAUAAGUACCCUGAAAAUCCCUUUCCAGAAGCUGUCACUCGAGAUUGAGACACUAAAAUUGCUACAUGGGAUCUGCUUUGUUGGCAAAAAUCUUUUCUAAUAGGCACAUCUCUCUUUGUAACACAUAUUCUGAAGUUUGCCCAACCUAAUCAUCCACACCACACUAAGUUAUGAAAACAGAUGAGAAUAUCGGGUGUCAAUUUUGAAAGGAAAGUUCUUGUUUUCCCCCCACAUUUUCCAGAUUACUCCUCUGCCUCACGUCGUUAGGUAAUCCUUGGUGAUUAUCUGGGCUGUGUUGCUGCAGCUCUAGCAUGUGCAGAAAUGACAGAAACUAGCCAUAGUAGGUUUUUGAGGUGUGGGACACCACAGGUUUAUGCGCGCACCACCUCUCCAGUAGCGCACAUUUGUACAGACACGCAUAAAUAAAAUAUUAAAGUGAA